UUAGGUGACGACGUGUAUACUCUUCAACGUUUCACUCGUUGGAAUUGUCCCAAACUGUAGUACAAAACGUAGAUACCAAGGAUUCUAGACAUUCCAUUUGCGACUUUCGAUAGCUUUCGAUACCAUAUAAAAUUAAAAACAAGCGAUUUUGGUUGAAUGUAAACACACAAUAUCCGAAGUAUAUAAACAGAAAUAUUGUCGGUCAAGCGCAGAGAAGUGGUGUGUCCUAGUUUUGUGUUAAACAUUUGUGAGAGGGCGAUUACACGUAUGAAGGAUUAGCUUGAGCGCAUCCCCGCAAUAUUCACGUUGGAAAUUGUUAGUUUUGUCGUAAUGAGAAGUGAAUAUAUUGUGCGUAAUUUGUUUAUCAACAUUAGCCUACAUUAGUGACAAAUUCAGGUUACACCCAAGAUGCACAACAGAUGUUUUAGCUAUAUGUGUAGACAAAGAGUUCGUUGUCAUAAUUUUGCACAGUGUGAGUUUGUAUGACACCACUUUAUCGCCUAGCUGCCUUAAUAUUGUGAGGAAUUUUUCAAACCCAGAAGAUGGAAGCAGAACAACAUCAAAGCUUUGUCUGUGGGGUGACUACCAUCAAACAAGAGUCAGUUGAAACCGACCCAUCCACAUCUCCAAAUCAAGAGAUUGAAGACAUAUUCAUUAAGGAAGAAACUCUGACGAAAUGUUUGACACACCGGCAAGUCUGGAUUUCCCAUGGUGUAAUGUGUGUGUCGUUAUCAGGAGAAAGAAAACUGGCGUUCUACGGAUCGGAGCGUGGAAUGUCAGAUCCCUUAAUCGGGCAGGAAUAUUCACCUUCAGAUGAUUUUCCAGGGCCUAGCACUCAGGAUAGUGGGAAAAUGGAGGAUGAGGAAUGUUCGGAGGAUAUAGAGGAUGCAGUGAGCGAGGGUGAUGGUGAGGAGCUCAAGGAUGAAGCUACGUUGACACAUAAUCACAGUGCAGCAGAAAGCACUGUCGCUGUUGGCGUGGAGGACAACAGUGGUACUGAUGGCAGCAGUGGUCUGAUUACUAAACACAGAUCUGCCUUUGGGAACAAAAAUGGUACCAAACAUCUGGUGCACAGGUGCACCAUCUGUAAAAAGGCAUUUCGAAAGUUGGAGGACCUGAAGGAGCACACACAUGAGGAGAGUCGUGAAUCUCUGCAUUCCUGCAGCGUAAGGUCGAAAAAACAUCAGUUUAUGCGAAUCUCCACGGAGCAGCGAACAGUGAUGCUAGAUUUCAUGAUGAAACAUGCGGAACUAGCAACUGGGAGAUACACAGGACCAGAUGGAGUCAGACACAAGCAGAAAAUUUUGCAACAACUAGCAACAGAGCUCAACAGCCUGCCUAAUGGAACAUCAAAAACAGCAGAUAAAUGGAUGAAGUCCUGGCAAGACUGGAGAAGUGAUGUAAAGGCCAAAGCUUCUCUAGUAAAGAAGGAACUGCAGAAAACAGGAGGAGAACUAAGUACAAAAGCUAAGCCCCUGACCCCUCUUGAGGAGCGGCUACUUGACUUCUUGGGUCCAUGCACUGUUUAUGGACAUGAAGAAGUACCAGACCCCCUAACCAUAGCGCAUCAGGAUUCAGGUCAGGUCACCCAAAAUGACUCAGAUAACAAAGAUACAGUGGAAAUGGAUGAAUAUGUUGUCCUUCCUGUGGAAGGACUGACCAUAAUGUCUGCAUCGGAUAUUUCAUCAGACAAUGUAUUGCCUGCUCUGACUACAGCCCCAUUGGCUUCACCAGAAGAAAGUACGCUGUCCUCUACAUCAGGGUUUGUACCUGCUUCACACGUAACUGAAUCUUCAUGUGGUACAACAACUGCGAAGAAGGGCAAAUGCAGUUCUGCAUCGUUGGCUUCACCAGAAGAAAGUGUACCCUCUACAUCAGGUUUCAUACCUGCUUCACACAUAACUAAAUCUUCACGUGCUACAACAACUGCGAAGAAGCGCAAACGUAGUUCUGGUGGUACAUUAACAAAAGAUGAUGAUCCUCUGGUGGAUAUCACCAGACAACAGGUGAUGUGCAUGCAGGAGCAAAACGCUAUCAGACGUGAACAACUUCAGUUGGAAGAACGCAAGACUGUUGCCAUUGAAAAUGCAGCUGAGGCAUUUGUAGGAGUCAUGAAGGUACUGGAGGAAUACCUGAGGCAUAGGAGAGACAAGGAGUAGUGCAAACUGUGAAAUUUUGCUUGAAUUAUAUUACAUUCUAAUCAGACAGUGAACUCGAAGCAAUCACUGUUGUAUAAUUAAAAGUUAAAAAUUCACCUCAGAGGUACAAACCACAUCAUGUCCAUAUGUAUUCAUGUUUUGAUAUAAAUAUAUUAAGUCUUGU